AAAAGCAUAAUGACACUCAGAGAGGUAAAUAAGAUAUAACAUUAUAAAAAACAUAAUUAACUACAUUCUUAACUAAAUCUUGGCUAUUACAAAUAUCAAUGUGGAACAAAACUUUAGAACAAAACAUAUAAAUUCAGAAAUAAUUGUAGUCAAAAGCCCAAUUUCUAAAAAACAAGAAUCUUUGCUGACACAUCACUUCCCCUCAGGUUGUGAUGGCAAAAGAAGAACAGAAAGAAAACAAGCGAAGAAGAAGAGGCUCUUAGCCCCGCCCUUUCCGGUCACAGCAGCCAAUAAGGGUGCAGCUUUUCUCUCUACUUCCUAGCUGCUGUACUGAAAGCACUGAGAGCAGAGUUAACAACAUGUGGAAGUCAGUACAAGACACAGCAUAAUGUUAAUUGAACAACAACAACAGAGUCUCUAAGUCUGAAUGAGUAAUAUACUUGUACUAAUGUAGCAUCAGCACGUUGAUUACCUUCAUAAACAUCCGAGUAACGUUACUCUGCUCAGCAGGACGUCAUAUACUGAGCAUCAGAGCAAGUGAUAGAAGGCAGUUGUCUUACCCGAGUCUAAGUAUGGAUGACUGGCAAAGAGAACUGGGGCCUGAAGACUUCGAGGAUGAUAACGUUUCCUCAGAUGACAACUCUUCAAAAGGAGGGAAAAAAGCAAAGCUCCCUCUGGUUCAUCCCAUCAUGUACGCAGAGACACCAAGGGAAACUGGGUUUCACCGGAGUACCAGAGUCUGUCUGGAGCUGAUCAGAGAAGCUCUGCUGCAUCAGAGAUGGCAAGAGGCAGCAGAAUAUAUGGCAUGUUACCCACAAAUGUUAGAAGACCCAAACAGUGGCAAAGGUCAGGAUUAUAAGGAGCUUAUUUGGAGAAUCAGCACUGAGAUCCUUCACCAUCACCCCAACUCAAAGCUGGAGGACUACAACAACAUCUAUGAACGAAUGAAACACUCUGGAGUGAGACAUUACCUGAUGAUCUGUCUGGAACAUUCAUUCCACCUGAUGCUUAACGGUCACAUCCAGGAUGCGAAGCGUCAGCUGUCUGCCGCUGAGAGUUGGAGGUACGGGAAGGAGUCAGCAGCUCAGAAUCAGAAGACCAAACUGAUCCACGCCUACAAGAGUUUACUGGAUUAUAUCAUCUGGUGUGACAAAAAGUUCACACACUCCAACGACACUGAGUAUGCCGACUCUGCUGACAACCAAGAAAUGCACAACUACUUCAGACAGGCCUCUGUGAAUCUAAAGGAGAUUUUGAAAAAUCCUGGCGUCUGGGAUCCCUUCUUACUGAGUUACAUUGAGAUGCUGGAGUUCUACGAGGAUCACGAGGAGGCUUUGAAAGUCCUGAAUGAUUACGCAUAUGACAGCAGUUUCCCUCCCAAUCCCAACGCGCAUGUCUACCUGUACCAGUACUUAAAGAGGAACGAUGCUUCGGAGAGGAAACUGAUGAAAGUAUUAAAGGUCCUCCAUGUUUUAGUCCCAAGCCACGAGUUGAUGUUGGAGUACAGCUCUCUCCUGCUUCAGUCAGAGAAAAAAAGUGACAAGCAGAAAGCUUUAGGAGUCGUUCUGGAAAUGCUGGACUUCGCCUGCUGGAGGAGCAACCUGGACGCGUGGAGGCUUUUAAAGACAAAUAUUCAAAAACUACAGUUACAAGAAGACUGGAGGGAUGUUAUUUCUGAAAAAAUGGCGGAAAGAAAAGGCUGGUGGCCGGCGCUGCACUUCACCAGCUUCCACGCCAGUAAAGACUCUCAGGAGAACCCAGAGCUCAAGGAAGUGAAGGCAUCGCUGACAAAACUCCUCUGCCCGGACCUCACGCUCAAGUACACAGCUGGACCGGUGACCAGUGGAGAGAGAACAUGAGAGAAGAACUCAAAGAGAAAAUCAAUCAAUCACGAACUGAGCUGAGAAACAACUGAAAAACCUCGACAACGGCGUCCUGAUGAAGAGCGAGAGUCUUCAUACAUGCACAUUUUUUUAUAUGAAGAUUUCUUUUCUUUUGUGAUGAAAUAUUUUUUAACUCAAGGUUCACAUGACCUUCCAUAUUUUCUUCUUUCUUUUUGUGCCUUGAGAUUUUUUUCUUCUCCAUUAUAAAGGCCCAGGCUCCAUCGCCCACUACGUGGAGCUGUUGUUCUGUAUUUUCGCGCUGCGUAUCUGGAGGGUAUGACCAUCUAAUUUUGGAGUGCAGCUCUGAAUGUCAGUGUUCAUGUUGGUUUUGUGGUUUCUGUAAACAUUUUAAUGGAAGUCUCAUUCUGACCUCAGCUGACCUUUGACCUUUGACCUCUGUACGGAGGGGCUUUAAGGUCACCAGUGUGUGUACACCACACACAGCCUGAGGGAUCAAGUCAUGUCAGAAUAAUCAACAGAGCUUUCAGCAACAUAAUGUGCAUAUAUUUAUUAAUAAGUGGGACAGAUUAUUGAUAGGUGGUUGCUGCUAAUAGCGUCAGUAUGAUUCCUUUUCCCUUCAAGGGUGUAUUUUGCACACCCGCAGUAUAUGAAGCGCUGUCAGUCUUGAUUUUCACGAAGAGGCUUGUAUAUAUUUUGAUCUAUCUCUGUAAAAAAAAAGCCGAUUUUUGUAUGUUUUUCUAAUGACAGGAUCCCGGCCUUCAGACGCUGUGCUUUACUCUCCUUUAAAGACCCAACCAUGAAAUAAAGUCUUGCAUCCAGCAGCAGGCCAAUUUAA